AUGGCAAGUCGUGCAACGCACCGCAUUCUCAGGAGUCUACUCCUCAGCAUCAAAUCUUCACGACAAGCAGCCACUCGCGACCGCUUAUACCCCAGUGCCAUCAUGAGCCUGCUUCAUCCCUCCCUCAGCCGCUUACGCGCUGCCGAUCUCGCAGUCAUAACCCGCCAAGUUCUGCAAUCCCGAUCACUCAGAAAACCCCUGAGCAUCCUAGCCGCCUUCAGCCUCAUCUACGCCCUCAACAAAGCCCUCGCACGCUGGUACCUCCGCACAUCCUCGCCCUGGGAUUGGUCCAAAGAGAUCGUCCUCAUAACCGGCGGAAGCAGCGGCAUCGGCGCCCUCCUCGUGCGCAACCUCGCCGCGCGCGACAUCAAAGUCGUCACCGUCGACAUCCAGCCCCCUCUGACCCCCCUCCCGCCCAACGUGCGCUUCUACCAGCUCGACGUGACCUCUCCCGAGGCCGUGCGGUCCGUCGCGCAGCGCAUUCGCGAGGAUCUAGGCGACCCGACGGUACUGGUCAACAACGCGGGCGUAGGGACGGGCAAGCCGCUGCUCACGGAGACAGACGAGCAGGUGCGCCGGACGUUUGACGUGAACAUUGUGGCGCAGUUCUGGAUGGUGAGGGAGUUUCUGCCGGCGAUGGUGAAGGCGGAUCAUGGACAUGUGGUGACGGUCGCGAGCAUGGCGAGCUUCCUGACGCUGGCGUCGAAUGUGGGGUAUUCGUGCUCCAAGGCGGCUGCGUUGUCGCUGCAUGAGGGGUUGACGCAGGAGUUGAGGUACCGGUAUAAUGCGAGCAAUGUGUGUACGAGCAUCAUCCACCCAAUGUUCACGCGUACGCCCUUAAUACAGCUUGCGACGGCCAAGGGCGACUUUCCGGCGGACCUGCUCGACCCGGAAGACGUUGCGGAUGCUAUCACGAAGCAGAUACUCCGUGGCAGGAGCGGGUCGGUUUUCCUGCCUGGGUGGUGCAGCCUGAUCUCUGGGAUUCAGGGGUUCCCGACGAUAUUGCAGGAGUUGAUAAGAGGGUCCAAGGCCCAUGUGUUGGAUGGCCGGUCUUUCGCUGCUUGA